CUGUUUACAUCGCGCAUGUCAUCUUCCACCAUAUCUGCGCAGCGCUAUAUCGAUUAACAUUAACACACACAAAAAACGUAUUUGUCGAAACUUAAUUUUACCAGUUCUACGUGUGUUUCAUUAGAUGCUAUAAUGGAAAAUACUUGCAACGACGUCCUUUUCUACCGUGGAACAGGCCAAAGCGAUGACUCAGACGUUUGGGACGACACUGCGCUUAUAAAGGCUUAUGAUAAAGCUGUGGCGUCUUUUAAGCAUGCAUUAAAAGGAGAAGAGAACACGGAAUCCAAACAACAACCUGGGAAGAAACGGAAAAACAAUAUUAAGAACAGUAGCAGAAAAAGGAGUACAGCUUCCUCUAGCAAAGAGUGGAAAGUUGGUGACUCUUGCUGUGCUCUCUGGACUGAAGAUGGGAACUUGUAUCCAGCCAGAAUUACCUCCAUUGAUCACAAUAGAGGCACUUGCAUUGUUGUCUACACAAGUUAUGGAAACAAGGAGGAGCAGUACCUCAAAGACCUUCUGUAUGCAAACACUGAAAAAGACGAAACACUCCAGAGAGAUGAAGGUAGACAGUCGAGUCACAGCAUAUCUCCGAUGUGUGGUUAUCCUGCACUCACUCCUGCUGUUGCUGUUCCAAUGAUUCCACCACCACCACCAUUGAUUUCUGACAUACUAAAAGAGGAUGAAGCCUUGGGUACCAUGCUGAUCUCCUGGUAUAUGAGUGGCUAUCACACAGGAUUUUACCUGGGACUGAAACAGGGGCGUAAAACACAAGAACAAGAAUCAGGUCUUGCCCAAAAGUCUGAUAUGAUCAUAUAAAGUAUAUUAAAUACUCUGCGGCACCACACCAUAGUUUUUGUUUGCUUUUUUUUUAACCUUUUGUUAUUUGUACUGAUACAGAUCUAGUGGUUUAUACCUUUCAAAUUAAUAAAACAACUUGUACAUUCAAACAGCCUUGAGUGAUAUUUACUGAUAUUUAACACCAAUAUUUCAUAAAUAUAAAUUAAUUCGUUUUCAUUAUUUACAAAGCAUUAUAUGCAA